CUCGCGUUCCACAGGUGUUCCACCGCUGCCCUGGGCACGCCGCAGAGCGACGGCCGCCCCCUGCAGGCAUUUGCUAACUGCUGCCGCGUGCCCGCAGCGACCCGUCCCGCCCCGCGCACGCCUUCCAUCCGCAGCCAGCGUAACCCCGCGUAGCCCUCCGCCGUGUGUGGGGGAGGAGAGAAGGAGAGCCGCUGCCACGCGUUCCCGGGAGGCUCGGCCGCUUUCCGGCCCGCCGUCUCCGCAGGGGGUCUCGUAGCCGGCCGUGCCGCCCCGGGGCCGGGGAAGAUUCACAAUGUUACAUCAACAGCUAAUAACUGUCUUUGGUAUAUUACUAGCUGGAGAUCUAUGUGCAUCUAAAAGCUGCUAUUCAGAAGACCGAGUGUCCAUGUAUAAUUCCUGCAACCUCACAAGUGUUCCACCUGUGCCAAAGGACACCACAAAGCUUUUUCUAACUUACAACUAUAUCAGACAAGUGACUGCAACUUCAUUUCCACUGCUGGAGGAUUUGUUUUUGUUGGAAAUUGGAACACAACAUGUCUUUCCCCUUUACAUAGGAAAAGAAGCUUUCAGGAACCUGCCAAACCUUCGUGUCUUGGACCUGGGGUUCAAUAACAUUCUUCUGCUGGAUCUCGAUUCUUUUGCGGGUUUGCAACGUUUGACCAUACUCCGUCUGUUUCAGAACAACCUUGGAGAUUCCAUCCUGGAGCAGCGUUACUUUCAAGAUCUGAGCUCAUUAGAAGAAUUGGAUCUUUCAGGAAACCAAAUCACAAAACUUCAUCCACACCCCUUAUUUUAUAAUCUAACCAUCUUGAAAGCUGUGGACCUCAAAUUCAACAAGAUAUCCAACCUGUGUGAAAGUAAUCUUACCAGCUUCCAAGGAAAACACUUUUCAUUUUUCAGCCUCAGUUCUAACACUUUGUAUAAGACAGAUAAAAUGGUCUGGGCCAAAUGCCCAAAUCCUUUCAGAAAUAUUACAUUUAACUCACUGGACAUUAGUGAGAAUGGCUGGAGCACAGAGACAGUCCAGUAUUUCUGCACAGCUAUUAAGGGGACUCAAAUCAAUUAUUUAUCAUUUCGCUUUCAUACAAUGGGCUCAGGAUUUGGCUUUAAUAACUUAAAAAAUCCAGAUAAGGAUACAUUUACAGGACUAGCAAGAAGCGAUCUUCGUUUGCUUGAUAUUUCCAAUGGAUUCAUUUUCUCUCUCAAUUCUUUAAUCUUUCAAAGCCUUGGUAAUCUGGAAUUUCUAAACCUUUUCAGAAACAAGGUAAAUCAAAUUCAAAAGCAAGCAUUUUUUGGCUUGGAAAACCUAAAAAUUCUCAAUCUCUCAAGUAACCUUUUAGGUGAGUUGUACGAUUAUACUUUUGAGGGGCUACACAGUAUAAUGUAUAUUGAUUUACAGCAAAAUCAUAUUGGGAUGAUUGGUCAAAAAUCUUUCAGUAACUUGGUAAGUCUGAAAAUAAUUGAUCUCCGAGAUAAUGCCUUAAAAAAACUCCCUUCCUUUCCACAUCUGACUACUGCCUUUUUAGGUGACAAUAAGCUGAUGUCUGUAGCUCACACAGCAAUAGCAGCAACACAUAUUGAAUUAGAGAGAAAUUGGCUCGCAAAUCUGGGUGACCUGUAUGUUCUUUUCCAAGUUCCAGAUAUGCAGUAUCUCUCCUUAAAACAGAAUCGCAUCUCUUACUGUGAAAAACAUGUUAGUGUUAUAGAAAAUAACCAGUUGAUUUAUAUGGAUCUAGGAGAAAACAUGUUACAGCUUGUGUGGGAGAGAGGUUUAUGUUUGGAUGUGUUCAGGACGCUGUCUAAACUUCAGAUUCUAUUCCUGAACAACAACUACCUUAGUGCUCUUCCAGAGGAGAUUUUUAGUGGUCUAACAUCUCUAAAAAUACUUAAUCUAGCCUCUAACCUAUUGUCUCACCUCUCUCUUGGGGUUUUUCCACAAAGCCUCAUAAACCUAAACUUGUCUGGAAACCAGCUUUUUUCCCCUAAGCCUGAAGUCUUUAUGACUUUGAGUAUUCUAGAUAUAACACAUAACAAGUAUGUCUGUGACUGUGCUUUAAAAAGCCUACUAGUGUGGCUAAAUGAAACCAAUGUAACCCUAGCUGGCUCAGAGUCUGACAGGUACUGUGUAUACCCACCUGCAUUAGCAGGGGUACCACUGUCACUUCUGACAUAUGAUGAUUGUGAUGAAGAUGAACUCCAGCAGACACUCAGGUUCUCAGUAUUCAUUUUCAUUUCGGUCACCCUUCUGAUGUUUCUGAUGUCAGCCAUUGUUUUUACUCGCUGCCGGGGGAUUUGUUUUGUCUGGUAUAAGACCAUCACCAAAACUUUGAUAGGAAGCCAUCCACCAGCAGCAGAUACAAGUGAAUACAUGUAUGAUGCGUAUUUGUGCUACAGCAAAAAUGAUUUCGAAUGGAUCCAGAAUUCUUUGCUGAAGCACUUGGAUUCACAGUAUUUUGAUAAGAACAGAUUUACUUUGUGCUUUGAGGAACGAGAUUUCUUGCCUGGGGAAGAACAUAUCAACAAUAUUCGUGAUGCUAUUUGGAAGAGCAGGAAAACAAUUUGUGUUGUUACCAGGCAUUUUCUCAAAGAUGGGUGGUGUGUAGAAGCCUUUAAUUUUGCCCAGAGCAGAUACUUCAGUGAUUUGAAAGAGGCUCUCAUUAUGGUAGUAGUUGGGUCACUUUCUCAAUAUCAACUGAUGAAACAUAAGCCAAUUCGAAUUUUUUUACAAAGAAGUCGAUAUCUGCGUUGGCCUGAAGAUUAUCAAGACAUAGACUGGUUUUUAGAUAACCUUUCUGCCCAAAUUCUGAAGGAAAAAAAAGUGCAAAGGAACGUCGGUGGUAUAGAGCUGCAAACUGUAGCGACAGUCUCACGCUGACAGUUGAUGGGUCUCUAGCUUUCUCAAUACUUUCUAUUUUAGCUGUGCUAUGGGAGGACAAAACAGAUCUGCUUUAUCCUUUCCUGAAAAAGCAGGUAGAGAGAUUCAUUUUAAAUCCUACUAAACUUGGAAACAACUUGAGAGCUAAGAAAGUGCAAUUAUUUUAUGGACAGUGGCACUUAUUUUCAGAAGAAUUAAAUGAAUCGCAAAUGCCUCACAUUUUGGAUGCUCAGCUUCAAACAACUUACUAUUGAUUUUCAGAGUGUUACAUACUUCCAGGUCUCUGUUUCAGUGACAGGAAGAUGCCCAUUUUUAUUUUUCUGUUUUUUGUUCUUUUCCAAAAGAGACCACUGUACCGUCUGGGAAUGCCUUAUAACUUUAUGUUUUAAAAUGGUGCUAGAUUUUGUUUGUUUUCUACUCAGCUAGGCUCAGAUUCUCAACUGCAACACACAGCCUUUGAACUUCAUUCAUUUCUUUCCCCUUUUCAAUUCUUCUGCUUGGUGGUGAAGCCACAGUUACUGGGAUGCUUCAUUUGCUGCUGUUCCAAUUGGUCAUUUUCUCAGCUGCCUCCCACUGUGCAGAGAGAAGCAGGUAUCCCCUUCAGAUCUGAAGCAAGCCUGAAAACCAAACAGGAAACUACCUCCAUAGCCAUAAGUGGCUCCUGGGAAGCUUCCACAUUCUAUGGAUGGAAUAUAUGGAUAACUUGUUUGUCUUGUGGGUUGUUCUUGGUAUGUCCUGUAUCUUGAUCAAUUAAGAUCUUUUUUUUCUGAUUCUAUUGAAAUAGUUUUCUAGAGUCAUAAAUAUCUGGUAUGCUCUUUAUUCCCCUUACCUUUCUUUUCUUAGGUAUGCAUCUGCAGGGGGACAUUCAGGGUCAUUUUAAUAAAAAGUCUGAUCUAUCAUUGCUGUGCUUUAACAACUGCAGCUCAGCACUGUGCAGCUGCUUGCUCAGCCUCACCGAAAUAAUUCCAGUACUGGCUAGGUAAGUUCUUCUCUGUAGUGAAGAUGCAGGAAUGGAUGGGUUUACAAACUGGUCAUGUCUUGACCUGAGCUGCAAACAAAAACUACCAUCUUAACUAUUUUCAUAGAAAUAAGAAGGUACAAUCCACUUCAUGUGAAUGCAGCUGUUUGAGUAUAGAAGCACUUGUGACUGAUCUAAUUUACUUUCAAUAUUCUAUUAAUACAACUACUACAGUGAAAUAUUAUUUCUGUCUCAAUCAGUGUAGGCAUCCAUGAACAGAAAAGGGCUAAACCUUGUAAAGUUUGCUUGGGGCAGAGGGAUUGAAAAAGGGACCAGGCUGUGCUCAGGAAGCCCUGGGUGUCGCUGUUGGCUCAAGUAACAGCGAGGGUUUCUCUACACUCCUGCCUCUGUCCAUUGCAGCCACUGACAUUACAGACAAAAGCUGCUGCAGAAGGUCAGAGAAAGAAGCAGCAGUCCCAGCUUUCCAGAGACCCUGCAGGCUGUUAGGAAAGCCAUCACUGUGCCUUUCUUUCAGCUCUCUAAACAUGUCAAGCUAUUAUAUUUUUUUACUCUAGCCACUGCAAAUACUUAAAGGCAUUCUUUGAAGUCAGAGGUUAUGUCAGAGAGUACUUAACAUUAUUAAGCAUCACUGACAGGCAGCCAAAGGAGGAAUGAAUCUGUACAAUCAAGAUCAUGUGCAAGUCUAGACUGUUAGCUGAGGCAUCUGCACAUGGUGUAAGACAUGGCAAUUCUAAAAGCAUACUUAAAUUACAUCUGUAUGACUUUCACAGAACAUUUUUUGUUGUAGUAAUAGAAUGCCCUCUCCAGUUUGGGCCUUUCUCUGUACUUAUAAGACACUCUUAUCGUUUCAGAUACUUAAAAUUUAAUUCAGAUAACAUAUGGAGGAACUACUGAAUAUAAGUAGAUAUAGUUUGCCAAGAUGGUUUAGCCAAAGCCUUGCCAUUCUGUUUUAAAUCCUUCUCUCUACUGUUUUUGCCAUGGGUGGGAGGCAGCUAGAUCUAACUUGCAUGUACUUCAGACUUUGAACAGAUCUGACUUUUUACAUAAAAGUAAUGAAGACUUUGGAUGAAAUUUCACCAUGUGCCUCCAUCUUUGUAUACAAUUUUGGAAGUGUAAAGUGAUCAAAACUGUAAGGACCAGCUGAGAAAACAUCCUUAUACCACAGAGGUGUCAUAAAAAUAGAGGAAGCCCAGCCUCAGUCUGCUCUGCAAAUUCUGCUCCAAGAGGCUGGCACUUACAGCAGAAGGAUUUUUGCAGAAAAUGCUAUUGAACCCUUCCUGAUUGCAGACUGGUUUGCAGGCAUAUGAAUAAAUCCAGGGUGAAACUUUAAUGAAAUCUGAAAUAACUUUCUUUUUUAUCCUUUGUGAAACUACUCCAAGCCUGAGACUCUGAGAACAAAUGCAGUCUUCCCAGUUGGCACAGUCUGUCCUAUAGACUAAAAAAUUGACUUCAAAUAGAUCAUAGGACUCUGAUCACCGCCACCAUGGAGUCACCUCUUUUAAAUGACAAACCAGAGGAACUGUUGAGAAAGGGCUUAUGCAGACUUUAUACUGCUCUGCUCAGCAGAAAUGGCAAAAGCAUCCUGUACAAAAAAGGAGAACAUCUAUGCUUGAUGAAUUAUGGCCAUAAAUUGAGCUCCAACCUCAUAACUAUUGAUCAGAUUCCCUUUAGGCUUGCUGGGAACAUUACUGCUCUAUUAGAAUUUUAUGGCUUUUCAGUUAAGGAUACUCUCAUCAGUUUUACUCACCUUCCUCAGCAGAAGACAUUAACUUGCUGGAGAGUGUCCAGAAUAGGGUGUGAAAUGUGACACUGGCUCUAAAACAAGCUAUUAGGAUGGAAUCUGGUGAAUGCAUUUGCAGUAGCACCACGGCAAAUAUUCAGAGGACAGUGACUCUGUGCCACAUGGUAUCAGCUGAGAUACUUGAUGGUACGACUUUGCUUCCACCUACACCAACGUGUAUUAUAAGCAUCAACCAGUCAAGCAGCCAGUGCAGUUCAAGAGCUACAGUUAGCAAACCUGUCAGGGUCCAAAGUCUACAUGGACUCCUACUAAAAGUCAGGGCACUCAGGGCCAGAACCCAGGUUCCACAAACAUAUUUCUGUGUUGGAUAAUAAAACUCACCUAUAACAUGACCACAUAUAAUUUCACAUUUUACAUGAUUAUUAUUUCACACACAUUGAGACCAGGGUUCUGCUCCCCUUCCCAUCCACACACAGUGGACUCAUCAAAGUGUCAUCCACUCACAUUUGCUAACCCCAGUUGCUAAUGCCUCCUCAGGGAGAUGGUUCAGCAUGCUGCUAGAGCUAUUGCCUUCUUAAUUUACACUUACUAUCUGUCAUUGCUCCCAUUCCAGCAGUUAUACUAUCUCUGUGGUAGCACAGAGAAGACUACAGAGUUCACUCUCUCGAGUGGGACACUUAUGCAUGUGUUACUCAGAAUCAUGUUGCCUUUCUUUUUCGUGUGCUACAUCAUUAUCUCAGCUCAUUUGCUGACUUCUGGGUCUUUCUCAGCAUGACAGCUCUCCUACUUCUUACUGCCAGAGACCAUCUGGGCUUCAGAUUAUUGUAUGCCACCUUCUCAAUUUCAUAUGAUACUGAAUAUUUUACAAUGGCUUUUAAUGUGUUCUCUUCUUGCUAGAACUGUGAAUUUCAGCAGUCCAGUUAAAUCACAAAGCAAGACCCAUACCUAGCAAAGUACUUACAGAUGAAGAGCAAUAUACAACUGAGUGGCAGGAGUGAGUGGUGAAAACACUGCAAAUGGAGCAGGAGCAGCACAUAUGGAUCUCUGGGAGAUCACCAAAAUUAGGAAGGGUAUAUAAAGCAGCCUAAGCAUCUUCUCUUCAAAAGGGCACUUCAUGCCAUUCCAUUUCAUUCCAAGUGGAAACUAGAAGCAAGCAAAGGCAAGAGAAGGAAAAAGAUUUAAUGUCUGAGUCUGCAAACGGGAUCAUACAGAAUUCUCUCAUAAAUCAAGUAGAUUAAGGAGGACUAGUUCUAGCAAAUAGUUGCAAAGUUUCAUUGCUCUAUACCAAAUGCAAGCUUACAGUUGUGUGAAAUAAGGCAUUCAAAAUCAGAAGACUGGUACAUUAAAAAACAAACAAACACCAAAAAAAAAA